AUGGUGCCGGGUGGCUCAGCCGGUUUUCAUGGCAUUGCUGAUCCGAUAUUUCUCCGGGAACUGGAAAUACGGAAACGAGACAUAUUGGGGCUGGUUAUUUGGCACUGGCGUCAUACUAUGCUCUCUUUUGUACAUCUUUACGCACCAUGCAGUCUUUUUCAACAUCGGAAGAUACGGAAUGCAGAUCAGAGUCGCGUGCGGAUCCAUCAUCUACAGAAAAGCGUUGAAACUGAGCAAAUGUGCACUGGGUCGAACGACUUCGGGUCAGAUGGUGAACCUCCUGUCCAACGACGUCAACAGAUUCGACCAAUCGGUCAUCUACCUCCACUACCUGUGGAUAGGACCGAUUCAGGCCAUCAUCUCGACGGCCAUCCUCUGGCUCGAAUUACAGCACGGCCUAUAACUCGAGAAUGGACUGAGAACGAGAUACAUGUGCUCAGAAGGACGUCUUAUCUCCGGGGCAUUAACAUUGGCCUUUUCUAUUCCUCGUCAAAAAUCAUUCUCCUCAUCAAUCUUAUCGUCUAUGUGAUACUUGGCAAUGAACUCACUGCUGCAAAGGUGUUCCUCGCAGUGGCCGUGUAUAACAACAUACGUAUGACCAUGACCUAUUACUUCCCUUUUGGGGUUGCUCAAGCAGCGGAAACUGUCAUCUCGAUCAAACGACAGCAGGAAUUCCUCCUCCAUGAGGAACUGCGGAAGCCAUACCAUUACAUGGUAUCCAGUCCUGGUGCCCUCGGUGAUGCUGAUCUAAGAAAAUCCACAAAACCCUUGUCCAAGAAUGGAAAUCCGGGAAUCGAGAUGAAGAAUGCAAUGGCCUCAUGGACGAAAGGUCGAGAAAGCAUCGUUCUGAAUGGAGUCUCAGUAUCUGUGAAACCUGGCCAACUCGUUGCAGUCAUAGGUCCCGUUGGCAGCGGAAAGGCCACAUUUCGAAAUUUUUCCAGGAGACCCUCUUCCGAUCGUGAUAUGCUGGAUUCCGUCUUCCUGCAGAGUUCCUUGUUGCAGGCGAUCUUGGGGGAGUUACCACUGGAGAGCGGUGAAUUGCAGGUCAGGGGACGACUGGCAUACACAGGACAAGAACCCUGGGUCUUCGCUGGAUCCAUCCGUGAAAAUAUCACAUUCGGGAAACCAUAUGAUGCAGCACUCUUCAGCCGAGUCGUACACGCCUGCGCACUUCAGAAGGACCUCGAUCAUUUCCCCCAUCGAGAGCGGAGUCUCGUUGGGGACCGUGGAAUCACUCUUUCCGGCGGCCAGAAAGCCCGGAUUUCACUCGCCAGAGCGUUGUACCAAGAAGCAGACAUUUACCUCUUGGACGACCCACUGUCAGCGGUAGACGCUCAUGUAGGAAGACACCUAUUCAACAAAUGCAUCAUGGGAUACUUGAAAGACGAGCCGAGGAUAUUGGUCACUCAUCAGCUUCAGUUUCUCCAAAAGGCAGACGUCAUCAUCGUCUUAUCAAAUGGGAAAGUGGCGACGAGCGGCACGUAUAAUGAACUGCUGAAAUCGGGAGUGGAUUUUACGAAAUUGAUGGCCAAACAUAAGACUACUCAAUAUCUCGAGGAAGAGUUUUCAUCGACGAAGAGAAAUACAACCUGCUCUAAUGAAAGCUUGCAAAGUCUGGACGUUCAGUCUCACAUGAACGAGGGAAUCACAACAAAAGUAUUUUCGAUAGUCCGUGAUGCGAAUUCGUGGCUUCCUUCGCAGCUUGGAGCGGAAGCUUCUGCACCUACACUCGUAGAAGAAACUAGAUCUCGUGGAAGGUUAUCAGCAAGGAUAUACUGGGAUUAUCUGAAAGCAGGUGCUGGAUGGUUCCUUCGCUUGCUCCUCAUCGUCAGUUACAUUCUCACUCAGUGUGCAUUCUCGGGCUCUGAUUGGUGGCUCUCGUACUGGACGAAUGCGCAGCAGGAGGCGGGGAACUGGACCAAUAGUUCUGCAGUGGAGAUACUCUUCGGUAAUCCACAAUUGGAUUCGUGGACGCCUAUGUACAUCUACGUGGCGAUCGUGGUGGCCUUGUUUUUACUGGCCAUCUUUAGGACGGUGUUGUUCUUCCAUAUCUGCAUGAAUUCUUCCAUCAACCUUCAUUCUCGCAUGUUCAAAUCUGUACUCCGAGCCCCAGUCGCCUUCUUCGAUAACAAUCCAGUUGGCCGGAUCCUGAAUAGAUUCAGUAAGGACGUCGGAGCAUCAGACGACAUGCUGCCACCUACGGCUUGCGACAGUCUCGGACUCGAACUUGCAAUCACAGCACGAAGUCCGGUCUUUUCUCAUCUGAGUGCUUCCUUGAACGGGUUGGCGACCAUCAGAGCCUCGCAUGCCGAGAGUAUCUUCAUCAAGGAGUUUGACAAUCAUCAAAAUUUUGCAGUUCUAACUGGCUACGAGAGAAAAUAUCCCGACGUCUCAAUGCUUUCAAUUUCCCAGGAUCUUCACACAUCCUCCUGGAUUCUUUUCCUAUCUGGCACCCGAUGGUUCGGCAUUUGGUUGGACUGGCUAAUUGUCGCCUAUCUGGCUGCAAUCACCUACAGUUUCAUGAAGAUCGAUCAAGAGGCACUGAGUGGGGAUGUCGGGCUCGCGAUAUCCUCGGCAAUUAUGCUGACUGGGAUAUUCCAAUUGGGUGUGCGACAGAGUGCAGAAUUGGAGAAUCAGAUGGUGUCUGUGGAAAGAAUCAUGGAAUUUUCCCGUUUAAAAGAAGAGGCGACCCUCGUAUCUCCCCCUGGCAAGAAGCCACCUUUAGACUGGCCAUCAGAAGGGCAUGUGAAAUUCGAGCACGUUUCCCUACGAUAUGCCCCUGACUCAUCGCCGGUGCUCAAGGACCUUACAUUCACGAUAGCGGCCAAAGAGAAGGUGUGCAACCCAACCUUAAGAAAUCGUCGAUUAUCCUGCGCGACGAAGACGGACGCGAUACUCCUUUGGUCCUUACACCUUGGUUUCCAGGUAGGAAUUGUGGGGAGAACUGGAGCAGGGAAGUCAUCGUUGAUUGCCGUCCUUUUCCGUCUGACGGAGCCCGAGGGUAGAAUCCUCUUGGACGGAAGAGACACAAAGGCUUACGGUCUCCAUGAUGUCAGACGAGGAAUCGCCAUUAUUCCACAGGAUCCAGUCCUCUUCCAGGGAACGAUGCGACGGAACCUCGACCCAUUCAAUGAGCAUUCGGACGAGGCGUUGUGGAAAGUCUUGGAACAAGUGAGUUCUGCCUUGAACUUUUCUCAGGUCUCCAUGUUGGAAAAACCAAGCAAGUCGUCAUUUCCCCUCAUCUCUCAGGUUCAGCUGAAGCAACCAGUCAGCGAAAUGAAGGAUAAACUAGAUACAAAGCUCUCCGAAGGAGGAAGCAAUUUCUCCGUCGGUCAGCGGCAGCUCGUCUGCCUGGCCAGGGCCCUCCUUCGCCAAAACAAAAUCCUCGUUCUCGAUGAAGCCACAGCCAACGUCGAUCCAAAGACAGAUGCCCUCAUACAAGACACACUUAGAAGGAGUUUCAGUGACUGCACUGUGUUGACGAUUGCACAUCGUUUGGAUACGAUCAUCGACAGCGAUAAAGUUCUCGUCCUUGACCACGGAGAAAUAAAGGAAUUAGGGCUACCGCACGAGCUGCUGCAGAACGAGAACGGCUUCUUCUCUGAACUGGUAGGCCAGACUGGACCAGGAGCGGCAAAGCGGCUUCGUCUCGCGGCUGCACGGAGGCUGCGCCGGCGAGGGCGUUCUUGGAAUUACACUCAAACACUUCAUAUCGCGUUGGCGAUAAGGAUGGGUGUCGCCAUCGUGUUAGCAUCCUGCUUGCUCGUGUAUCUCCUGCACCUCUUUGUAAAGAAGCUUCUUCUUUGGUCCAAACUCCCGCCAGGACCAUGGGGAGUUCCACUUCUUGGCUCUGCCCCAUUCUUGGACGGAGGUCAACCCUACGCGCUCGAUGCCCUGAGAAAGAAAUACGGAGACAUCUUCACCCUCGGGGUGCUCUCCAAGGACCUCGUGAUUCUCAGCAAUUGGGAAUUGAUCAGGGAUGUCUUUGGACGGGCAGAGUUUUCCGGUCGAACCGAGAUUGCUCUGGCUCAACAAGUUUCCUUCGGCAAAUUCGGUCUUGCUUCUUCGUCGGGAAGCCUGUGGCAAGAAAAUCGCCGCUUCACAAUGCGAGUUCUGAAGGAUUUUGGCUUCGGGAAGAAGGCCGCCUUGAAUUGUAUGAUCCAAGACGCCGCCGUCGAUCUCUGCCAAUUCCUCAUAGAGAACCAGCAUGAACCGCAAGAUCUCGGCCCCCGCCUCAACCUCGCCAUCCUAAACAUCAUCUGGAAAAUGACUGCAGACAAACAAUUCUCUCACGAUGACGCGAAGAUGCAAGACUUCAUGAACCGAAUCAUGGGAGUCUUCAGGGACUCCGACGUCCUCCGCCACCUUCAAUGGACUCCUCUUCUGGCGUACCUGUGGCCUCCGGCGUUCCUGGCAUCUCGACGCAUCGCCCGAAACAUGGCCGCCAUUUCACAAAUAUUUGCGGAUGAAGUGGAAGAACACAAGAGGAAGCUGCCAUUGUCCGGAGGCUCCAACGACUACAUGGACGCUUACCUCGCGGAAAUGGCACAGCAGAAGGCUCGAGGGGAGGUCAACCCCAACUUCUCGGGUAUAGUUGGAAAUCUUGACAUCGUGGAAGGGAUGGAGGAGAGAAUUGGAAAGUUCCAGUUGCGUGUGAACAUCUCGGAUCUGUUCAUCGGGGGGAGCGAGACGACAUCGAAUACCAUUCGGUGGUGCGUCUUGUUUCUCCUCUGCCACCCUGAAAUUCAGGAGAAACUUCAGGUCGAAGUUGACAGCAUUGUUGGGUGCGACAGACUUCCUUCGCUGGAUGAUCGAGACAGAAUGCCUUACACCGAAGCCUUUAUAAUGGAGACGCACCGCUUGGCGUGCCUUGUCCCCUACGCGUUGCCGCAUGAGGCAGUAGAAGAGGCGGAAGUUGCAGGGUACCGAUUCCCUAAGGGAACGACAUUCCUAGCAAACGUUUGGUCGUGUCACAUGGAUCCCAAGUUCUGGCCCGAUCCCGAACAGUUUGAUCCGGGACGAUUCUUGAAUCCAGAUGGAUCCGUGAAGACCAAAGUUCCCAGCUUCCUUCCAUUCUCCCUCGGAAAGCGUCAAUGCCUGGGCGAGUCUUUGGCUCAAAUGGAACUCUUCUUGUUCAUGACCAUCUUCAUGCAAAAACUAACAUUCCGCACGACGACGGGACGCACCCAUCCCGAAGCCGAAGGUUCUGGCAACACUCUCAUCAAUCAUCCCAGGCCCUUCGUAUUCCUCGUUGAGGAGAGGAAUCAAUGAAUAAUUCAGUUCCUCUCUGCGAUUGGUUCAACCUGGCAAGCCAUUGGAUUAGCAUCAUUUUCAAUGAAAAUUUAAUU